CUCCAGACAAGAGUGUUCACCUUUCCUUCCUGUCACAAGAGGUUUAACUUUAGAGUUUAAACCCUAGAUAAUCGUACGAAAUGCCCCUAUUGCCCUCUCCAAAACUUCAUGUUAACAGCAGGCAUAGGGCGCAGGGUGGGGCUUUAUGGUCAUCUUUCAAUAUUGGAGCAUUUUCUGAUCAGACUUUACACUUUCCGGUGAGUUGAACUGUAAAAUUUUGAUCAAGAGAGAGAGAGAGAGGUUCGAGUUUGAACAAACAAAGUCGAUCAAGGUCUCCGACGUCUCUCGAAUCUUCCGCCCCUAAACCCCAAGAAAAGAAUCUCUCUCUCUCUCUCUCCCUCUUCUUGGUUCAGGAACCCAACAGAAUCUCUCUCUCUCUACCGAUCCUAUUAUCCCCUUGCUCCUCUUUGUUUCUUGUUCUGUGACUCUCUCUCUCUUCCUUUGCAUCUCUGCAGGACCAUGUGAAACGCACAAAUCUAUGGCCCCCAAAAUGGCAUCACGCCAUGCCCUAGAGUCCUGUACUCUCCACCUCCAUACAUGGAAACCCUUCCUGUUAGACUCUUCUGAACCGGACCCACCUCCCCUUUUCUCCCAGAACCCUAGCCCCAACCCUAAUCUCCUUCUGCAUUACCCUCCCAAAAAGCAAUGCCUCUCUGAUCGAAAACCCAAUGCUCUCUCUACAAUCUCCGACUCUAUCGAUCUCUCAAGACUCAGCCUUUUUGACGAAGAGAUUCUCAAGGGCCCGGCAAAAGAUAGCACUGCCGUCAUUGGAGUGGACCGAUUGGCUAGAAAGAGAAGGAGAAGAGGGUCAAGAUCACAAUCUGGUGUGAGCAGUGAUAAGGGGCGAGCUCCUCACCGAUGUUUCUCCGACCCACCAUUGAUAGGGACUGAUUCAAGUGGAGAAUUUCUCUCUCAUGGCGAUGGGAAUUGGGGUUCCGAUUUUGGUGACAAUAGAGAGAAGGAAGAGACAGUUCUGGGUUCGUUUUAUCAGGGCAUUGAUGUUCAGAGCGUGGAGUCGGGUUAUGGGACUGAGCCAGGUUAUAGGGGGGAUGGGGAGCUUGGUUACGGUGAUGAGUUUGAUGAUGAGGAGGAGGAUACGAGGCUCUUGUUUUGGGGUGAUGGGCAUGCAUCCAUGGUAGAAGACAUGGAGUACACACAGGUUCCAGGAGCGAAUGCUUUUGGGGAGCAGAAGCUCCAUUACAGGUGCAGGCGUAAGAAGCAUGAUUUGAGAAUCCUAGGUUCCCUGCCAUAAAAAUCAAUAUAAACUUUGGAGAUUGGCAUCAAGAACUUGUAAUUCAGUGCUCCACAUGCAUUUGUUAGGUGAAGUUGCCACCAUACUCAGUGUUCUUUCAAUUCUUGAUGGCUAUGAUUUUCAUGGGAGAAAAAAAGGGCAAAUGGUAUAUGAAUUCAAUUUUUUCAUCAUGAGGAAUUUCUUGGAUGAA